AUGAGAGCCGGAGGCCUGGACCGCUGCUGCCAAACUCCCAUAGCGGCGUAUGCAUGCCAUAGGCGGCGUGUUCAUGGUGCUGGACGCGCUUGCUGCCUGCACGAGGAUAAAGUGGCUGACCACCGUGGUUCCGAUAUGCUCUCUGACUUCGUUCUAGCCGAGUUCUCGUCCUUGUCUCGCCGUGGAGAGGGCGAGCAGACAGCGUGAGCCUGGCAUCGAGCGGAGGUGCUAGUAGCUGCGGAAGCGGAAGUCCUAGCCCUGGUCACACACCACCGCCCUCGAGGGCAUCCUCGUGCGCCUCGCUCGCACCCCUAACCGCCCUUUCCAGCUUCUCUCCAGCCGACGCAACAUCGCAGCAGGUAAAUCGCAGGAAAUCACUUCCCCCUCGGACAGACGUUUCUAUUAAUUGCGGUUUCUCUGGCCCGACUCGGAUCUCGGAUCGGUCAAUAAAUUUUCAUCAAUUAUCACAGAGGUCAGAGCGCAGAAUAACGAGCGAGUGCUCGACGAGAUGCACGUUUGUAACCACCGGCACAGAUCUUCCUUCAUCAUUGGGAAAUAGUAAUGGAACGAGGCUGGAGAUCGCGAUUCGAGACCGAGACCAUCUGGCACACAGUGCUCCCAUUCACUCUUUCUUUCGUGAAUCUCCUCCCUCGUUCUCCUCCCUGUUGUCGUAG